AUGAAAACCAUCGGAAUUUGCAUCCCAACCAUUGAAGGUGGAGUCAUUGCCCACCAAGAAAUUGGAAGAGAAGCAGCGCGGCGGGGCAUUGCCUAUCCUCAAAUCGUCACCCAUACCCCUCUCUACGGAAACCUGGAACAAGCACUCAAGUCCGGUGACAACAAGUCCCUGGCAGCAUUUCUAGCUGACUCGAUCAACCGCACCGCCAAAGCUGGCGCGGAGUUUGCCAUCAUCAGUGCCAACACUCCACACGUCGCUUUCGAUGACAUUGUGGCCCUGUCAAACAUCCCUGUUCUUAGUAUCCUCGAAGUCGCCGCAGAUUACUGCAAAAAACGAGGAUACAAGAGCGUUGGUAUUCUAGGCACAACCUGGACUGUCAAAAACGGUCUCUAUAAUGAACCGCUACAAAAGAGGGACAUGGCUGCAGUCUAUGCAUCUGACACUGACCAGGCAAUCGUCAUGGAUGCAAUUAUAAACGAGUUGAUCAAUGGAAUCUUACUGGAAAACACGACAAGCGAGUUGGUGCGCAUCGCUAAGGAGCUUGCUACACGAUGUGAUGGUAUCAUCCUUGGUUGUACUGAGUUGCCGCUUGUUCUUACGGAACAAAACUGUGGUAUCGAAGUUGUCGAUACAACACGGCUUCUCUCUCAUGCGGCUCUCGACUUUGCGACCAAAGAUUGA